GCGCCUGGCUUGGCCUGCGUGGGGAGCCUAUCAUGGAACUCUCGGCCGCCUGGCACACGCUCAGUACCGGCCUGGUACCGCCCGCUGCCCUCGGUCUGGCAGCGCCUCGAUCCAGCUUGUCAGGGCCACCAAAGGACUAUGACUUGCAGAUUGCCAUAGAGGUACUGCAGCGGUAUGACUUGCACUCAUUUGUGGAGGAAUGGUUUUUGGAAGUUCUGCAGACUGACCUUCAGGCAAACAUUGCUCCAGAGUUCUGGAACUGUAUUGCACAGUAUGAAAACACAGCUGAAGAGCCGCAGUGCUCUCUUCUGCUCCUGGAUGCCUUUUGUCUACUGAAGUGUCGUCUGGACCCUUACCUUCACAGCAUGGAUCUACUGGAGAAAUGGACUAAAGCAGGUUUGCUCCUUGGGACUGGAUCCCAGGGGCUGCAGGAGAAAGUCUACACCAUGUUCAGAGCCAUCCUCUUUUUCUCUACCACAAAAACCUUCCAGGAGAUGAUCCAACAGUUUUACAGCCGCAGUUUCAAGAUCUAUAUGUGGCAGUGGAAGAGAAGUGAAGACAAGGCAAAUGAGGCAGAAAACAGCAUGAGUGACAAUGAGCAAGAGAGUGAGGUGGAGGAUGGUGAACCUGGAGGAGGGGGCCUGCAAUGUGCAGGCUGCAACUUUAAGAAGGCCCAGUGUUGGUGCCCAACAGCCAUGGAACAGUUUCAGCAGCUCAAUGACAUCCUUUGCAGGCUCAACCUGCUGGAACGAGUGAGUGCUGAUGCCGUCACUAACAUCUUGCACAGAAUGAUCAAGGAGCGGAUGGAGUGGAGAUGUCGGGGGGAAUAUGAACGCUCCUUUCUGAAUGAAUUCCAAGAGUGGAUUGAGAAGGUGAUUGGCUGGCUCAGCAGAGUGUUUCUGCAAGGAGGGGCAGCCACUCAUCCUGGCCCUGAAGCCAACAGCACUCUGAAGCGCUGGCGGUGCCACGUCCAGAGAUUCUUCUACCGCUUGUAUGCUAGCAUGCGCAUCGAAGAACUGUUUAGCAUCAUCCGAGAUUUCCCAGAGUCAAAGCCAGCAGUGGAUGAUCUGAAGUACUGUCUAGAACGAACCAAUCAACGACAGCAGCUUCUGAGCUCCCUGAAGAGCGCCUUAGAAAUAAGGCUUCUUCAUCCUGGAGUGAACACUUCAGAUAUCAUUACCCUCUACAUCUCAGCCAUCAAAGCCCUGCGGGAACUGGACCCUUCCAUGGUCAUCUUGGAGGUAGCCUGUGAACCCAUCAGGAAAUAUUUGAGAACUAGGGAGGAUACAGUGAGGCAGAUUGUGGCCGGUCUAACAGGUGAUGCUGAAGGGUCUGGUGACCUAGCAAAUGAGCUCUCCAAAGCUGAUCCGGUGACACUGGAGAAUGGUCAGGAGAGUGAUGAUGACAUCUCUCAGCCAGAGGACUGGGUACCUGAUCCAGUUGAUGCUGACCCAGGGAAAUCAAGUUCGAAGAGGCGCUCCUCAGAUAUCAUCAGUCUGCUGGUGAGCAUCUAUGGCAGCAAAGACCUGUUCAUCAAUGAGUAUCGCACACUCCUGGCUGACCGACUGCUACACCAGUUCAACUACAGCGCAGAGAGGGAAAUCCGGAAUGUGGAACUUCUGAAACUGCGUUUUGGGGAAGCCCAGAUGCACUACUGUGAAGUCAUGUUAAAAGACAUGGCAGACUCUCGUCGCAUUAACACUAAUAUUCGUGACGAAGAGCAGAAGCUCCCAGAAGAAGAGAAGCCCCCAUUUAGCCUUGUUGCCGUUAUCUUAUCCAGUGAGUUCUGGCCCCCACUGAAGGAAGAGAAGCUGGAACUUCCUGAACAAAUCAAGGAGGCCAUGGAGGCCUACUCCAAGAAAUAUGAGAAACUGAAGGCCAUGAGGACACUGAACUGGAAGCAUCACCUGGGCUUGGUGAAAUUGGAUGUGGAGCUGGCGGACCGCACCCUUUCCCUCUCUGUGUCACCAGUGCACGCAGCGAUCAUCUUGCACUUCCAAAACAAGAGUACUUGGACUCUGGAUGACCUGAGUGAGGUGCUGAAGGUGCCUGUGACGUCCCUUCGGCGCAAGAUGACCUUGUGGCUACAGCAAGGUGUGCUGCGGGAGGAGCCUCCCGGCACAUUUACUGUGAUUGAGGAGGAGCAGAAGGACCGGGCAGAGAAAGUGGUGCUGAUUGACAGCGAUGAGGAAGGCGAUUCAGCCAUGGCCUCGCAAGCUGACCAGAAGGAGGAGGAGUUGCAGCUUUUCUGGACAUAUAUCCAAGCGAUGUUAACCAACCUGGAGAGUCUGUCCCUGGAGCGCAUUCACAGUAUGCUCAAGAUCUUUGUGAUGACAGGCCCCAUGGUGACAGAGAUUGACAUCCAGGAGCUACAGGGUUUCCUCCAGAAGAAGGUCCGAGACCAGCAGCUGAUCUACUCUGGUGGCGUCUACCGUCUGCCCAAGAGCUGCAACUGAGCUUUGUUCCAGCUCCUUUUGAAUUAUGGUUGACUGCAAUGGCCUCCCAUCCUCAAAGGGUUCAGUGUGGUGUUCGUCAGCACUUGGUGUAGUUGGAGGCUCUCUUUCUCUGUUAUCGGCCUAUGUGCUGCCCUGAGGCUGUGAAUGGAAGUCUGCUAGGCACAAAUACAGGAACAAUGCAGGGCCACUCAGAAGUCUGCGGAGGCAAGCCAGGUUUUGGGACUGGGAAAAAGCAGUCUUUUGGUCCUUCUCCCUUGUUCCCAAUAAAAUGGCAGCAGUUACGUGGACUGUAUUGCAGUGUCUUUUAUUUUGCAGAUGGCCAGCCUGGCCUCCACCUUACUUGCUUCUGAGCUAUCACCUGUCCUAGGGCACCUUGCUGCUGCCACCAUUUCUGUCCCUGCUGCUGUGUUUUUCUAUAAUACUUGUGUAUGAUAUCACAGGAAACAUGGUGGCUGGAAUCAGUCAACCACACAUAUUGCAAGCAACAGAGAAAGAUAUGCAAUCAGUAGUAAUGGGGAGAGGAGUGACAGAUCUGUCAGUUCCUGCUGAAGCCCUGAGGAUUGUGUUAUUCCCUGCACCUCUGUCAGGCAGGACUGGCUAAAAUAUUGUAUUGUGGAGUACUUAACCUAUUUGGGUGCCUUGUUGUGGCAAAACUGAGUUUUCCGGUAUCUAGGGUGGACUUCUGUUGUUCACAGAUUCUGUUCUUAAUAAAAUGUAUUCCUAUUUAAGAGUUAUCCACGUGUUUCACAGCCUUGG